GUGCACAGACAGCAGUGGAGGACAGUGAGAGGAUCUUUACUGAGCUGAUCAGCUCCAUGGAGAAAAAGCGCUGGGAGGUGACGGAGCUGAUCAGAGAUCAGGAGAAGGCUGAACUGAGUCGAGCUGAACGACUCCUGGAGCAACUGGAGCAGGAGAUUGCUGAUCUUCAGAGGAGAGUCACUGAGCUGGAGCAGCUUUCACACACACAGGAUCACAUCCAUUUCCUCCAGGUUUUAGCUUCUGGACGUCGAUCUCCUCCACUUAUCGGACCAGAUUUUCACACAUCCAGCGUCACUGUCCAUCAACAUCUCUCAUUUGAUGGAGUGAGGAAUUCUCUCUCAGAUCUGAAAAAGAGACUCGAGGAAUUCUGUGAGGAGGAAUUCAACAAAAUCCCUCCACAUGCUGCAGCAGUUCAGAUCAUUUCAGGACCAGAAACACUGAGCAGAGAAGAGUUUCUGAAAUAUUUCUGUUAUCUGACUCUGGAUCCCAACACGGCACAUCGUCACCUCAUUCUGUCUGAGAAGAACAGAGCAGUGAGAGAUAGUGGGAGAGAGCAGCGUUACUCUGAUCAUCCAGAGAGAUUUGAUUCCAACUGUCAGGUGUUGUGUAAGGAGAGUGUGUGUGGACGCUGUUACUGGGAGGUGGAGUGGAGCGGUGCUGGUGGUGUCUCCAUAUCAGUCUCAUAUAAAGACAUCGUCAGGAAAGGACUGGGUAAUGAGUGUGGGUUUGGAGGCAACAAUCAGUCCUGGAGUCUGUGGUGUUCUUCUUCUUCUCUUUCUUUCUGGCACAACAACAUUAAGACUGAUCUCAGAGUUCCAUCAGCCUCCAGAAUAGGAGUGUAUGUGGAUCACAGUGCAGGAACUCUGUCCUUCUACAGCGUCUCUGACACGAUGAAGCUCCUCCACAGAGUCCACACCACAUUCACUCAGACUCUAUAUGCUGGGUUUGGGUUCUUCAAAGUUUCUGGGUUAGCGUUCUACUGGUUUUCUGGUUCUACUGUGAGAUUGUGUGAUCCAUAGUAAAAAAAAAGUGUUUUUUUUUCUUUUUUAUGUAAAAUUCCUGCACGUUGCCACGUUGUUGGUCAAUCGUCUGUUUUAUUCGAACACAAUCCAGCUGGACAAAAAACAGUCACUUUAUUAUUUAAGUUAAAGCAUCUCAUCUCAUUAUCUCUAGCCGCUUUAUCCUUCUAUAGGGUCGCAGGCAAGCUGGAGCCUAUCCCAGCUGACUACGGGCGAGAGGCGGGGUACACCCUGGACAAGUCGCCAGGUCAUCACAGGGCUGACACAUAGACACAGACAACCAUUCACACUCACACCUACGGUCAAUUUAGAGUCACCAGUUAACCUAACCUGCAUGUCUUUGGACUGUGGGGGAAACCGGAGCACCCGGAGGAAACCCACGUGGACACAGGGAGAACAUGCAAACUCCACACAGAAAGGCCCUCGCCGGCCCCGGGGCUCGAACCCAGGACCUUCUUGCAGUGAGGCGACGACACUAACCACUACACCACUGUGCCGCCCCUAAGUUAAAGCAUGUAUAAUGUAAAUGUAUAAUAAUUAAAGGUAGACUGCCUCUCAGAUUUUUUUUUAAUUUAAGCCAUAAAAAUAAUUUUCCCUGACACCCAAUUCUUUUUUAGUGGACCGAAUGCUACUGAAUUCGAAACUCGGACUUCAAAUUUUAUUACUUUUUUUCCCUAAAAGAACAAUUAAUGAAUUUCGAGCCAUGUGGCCCUAAAUUCUCUGCCAUUUUUUUCUUGCCUCACCGUGACCUAAUCCAAGAUGCUAUGUCAUGCAUAACAUGGCAGGGUUUCCCUGUUGUGGGAUGCAAAUUUGCAACCUGAGAGAACAGAUCAGACAUCCUGUCACUCCUUCAAUCAAACUUUAAAGAUUUUUUUCUCUACUCGGGCUCAUGUCUGAAACGGGUGGGUUAUACAGGAAAUUCACGAGGUUAUACAAAAGUCGAGUUUAGGAAAGUGUAUUAGUGGCAUUACAAAUGUAGUGUAGGGUUCAUAUUCCAAAAGCUAUUACUUCUGAUCACUACGUUUGGCAAAAACAUGAGCAAAUACAAAAAUCAAAAAGAUGAAUGGAACGGCUUUGCUUAUAUAGUGAACACUGAAACAGGCAGGCGGGCUCAAUGUCACUUUAGUUUUUAUUUUUUAAACUGUCACUUAACACAAAACACGCUUUUUAGCAGGUUCAAAAUAAACUGUGUGCUACUGCACCAACGUGAUUUCAGCCAGGGGAAGAAAUUCAUACUACACACACACACACACACACACACACACACAGCACCUUCACCAGGCUUGCAUGCCAUUCACAAACCGGUGCUUGACCACGCCUUCGCUGCCACAGUGAAAAAGAACCGUAUACUGUCUUGCUCAAUGAAAUAAACUGCACAGUAUGAUAGUGAAUCGAGAGGUUGUUCACCAGAAGUUGUGCAAUAUAGGUGCAUAGCCUAAUUACACACAUUUUUGCUCAGCGGUCUUCACCAUCGCAAUGAUAAAAAAAGAAUCUUCUACGUAAACUAUCUAAUGCACGGGAAUAAUAUUUACAUUGUGAAAUCAAUACAUAAUUUUUGUUCUGAAUAAUUGGCUAGAAUACGCUCAGUGAAAAAAGGACUUCAACAAGAUGAGUGACCAGGUUCAAGUUCGCCUCAAAAAGAUACAUAUUCAAGCUAAUUGCAGCAUGUUCUUCACUAAUUACAAUAUUUACGAUAGGGAGAAACAGACUAACCAGCAUUUGAGGUGUAGGGUCCACUGGCUCCAUCAUAUUUUCUGUCACAACUUGAAUUCUGAAGUUGCAAUGUGAAUAUUAUUGAGAUUAGCUCAUCAUCUCAUGGCAAAAUGACGUAACUGGGUCAGUGCAUGGUCAAUGAAAACCUGCGCAGGCGCACACUGGACUUCCUCUGUCUGCUUGACUGCGCGAAGCGAGUGAUUUCUUGCACAUUAUUUGCGAGGAAUCCCCUCAAAAUAAAUAACUUACCAGCCACAAAAUGGCCUGGGUUUAUAUAUAUAUAUUACAGAAAUAACCAUAUAUCACAAUGACCAAAUUUGAGAGAGAAAUAAAUUUCAGCGAUUUUAUGAAAUCAAAAGGCCGUCUACUUUUAAAAAGGGAAUGUUAAAAAUUAACUGUCAGACAAGAAACUCAAAUUUUAAAAAGAAAAUGAUCUCUCAUGACUUUAGCAUAAUAAAUUUCUAUUUGUUUCAUAUUAAGCAGCCUCUCAUUAAAUAACUAAUAAACAGUAAUAAAGUCAGAACAGAACAACAUUUUAAUGUCACACUAUAUAAAAAUAAAACACACUACAACCCCGCUAUAAUCAACUCCUUGGGGGACGUCCAAAUAGUUUGUUAUCCAGAAAAGUUCGUAAUACUGAAAUGGACCCCCUUGUCAAGUCAUGUUUGGAAUUCUGAGAUUGAUUGUAUCCUAGUCAUAAUUCUAAGCAGGAACAAUGUCAGCUCAUGAGCUUUAUAAAACCCAAGCUUAAAAUGUAAUUACCAUAUAUAUAAUCAACCUUCAAGCUUAGAUUUGUGAGUUGGGGCUCAAGAAAGAUAAAAAGCAUUUUUAUGCACGAAUAGCCAAGUUAAUGAAAAAACUCUUGCUUUUGGUGGAACAUCUUCACCCACUGCACUUCAUCCCCUUUAGAAGAGGGGUGGGUGUGCAGCAACUGCAGAAUCUCCACUUUUUAAAAAAAGUAAUUAGAUUUUCUUUGUUAAAUUACACAUUUUUGAUCUGUUUAUUAGUUGUCCUAGAUUAUGUGGUGUGGCGUUUUCUCUGUGUAAGUCCUGAUGAAUGAGCUGUAAAUGUAGAAAUGCUAACUCAUUAGAAUGAGUGUAUACACAUGUUAUAACUGUAGCUGUACUUCUGUCAGAGUUGCUGUUGUAGAAAAGGGAGAUUGUGAAUAAGUGAUUCUCACAGCAAUGUUGCCUCUUCAGUAACUUUUUCACAAAUGAAAAUCAUUGACACUGCAUCCUCUAGGCUAAAGAGUAUAGGGACUGUCCAUCCAGCUUGUUAUCAGUGCACAGUUCAAAAGCCAGCAUCUAUGAUGGUAUGUGGGUGCAUUAGUGCACAUGGCAUGGGUAGAGUGCACAUCUGGGCAGGCACCAUUAAUGCUGAAUUAUAUUUACAGUUUUUGGAGCAAUAUCCAGAUGAUGUCUUGUUCAGGGAAGGCCUGGCUUAUUUCAGCAAGUCAAAGGCUCAGUCAUAAAAGAGUCUGGGUGCGAAACUGGCCUGCCUGAAAUCCAGAUCUGUCUCCCACUGAAAACAUCUGGCGCAGAUUAAACAAAACAGAAAACUUGAUGAAGGAGCAACUGAAAGUAUAUAUCAGGGAAGAAUGGGACAACAUUUCACUUCCAAAACGACAGCAGUCUCUUCAGUUACCAAAUGUUUACAGAGUGUUGUUAAAAGUAGAGGUGAUGGAACACAGUGGUAAACAUGCCCCGUUCUUUCUGGAACUUUCUUGAAAUGCGUUGCUUGCAUCAAAUUCUAAAUGAGUGUAUAUUUAAAAAACAAACAAACAAAAAAAUUAUCUGCUUCAACAUUUGAUAUGUUGUCUUUGUACUAUUUUCAAUGAAAUAUAGCAUUUCCAUGAUUUGCAAAGAA